CAAAAAUCUAUGAAACGUGUUUGCAUGUUCCUCUCGGCGAGUGGGGUUGUAGAGGUGGGAUCGCGAGGACCGGAGAAGGCUGGCUGGCUGGGGGGGAACCCAUGCGUCCGAGCCCCACGGAAAGUCCGCCUUUGCCAAACAACUGACGGUGAAUGUUGGUUUUAUUUCUCUCGUCGUUUGUUCCGAUCACACGGACACGCUGCUGUAGGCUACUUGUGGAAGGAGGAGGAGGGGGAGACGCUUGUCGUUCCUUGCUGCUUUUGGGUGUUUUUUUGUCACCAUUGCGCACGACAAGGCUGAGAGACGAAACGCUCGGACUGUGGGAGCCCCCCUCACCCCUCCUCUGCUCGGAGCGGCUCUGGUUCCAGAUGGCCCAUGGAAGAACGUGGAUGAGGGCUUAGUUGUCGAGCAGGCAGAAGGCCUGUCUGUUGUCGGUUGGCUGAUUAGUCCAUCAAGGAGUGGCGGCGCUCUCACCGGGGGCACAGAACGGACCAAGAAAAGGUUCCCCUCGCUCGUCCCUGCCCCCUUUCCACCCUCACCCCCAACCCAGGCGGCGCAUACGCUCCGGACCAUGUCGAGCAGGCUGUCCCAGGGGGGCCGGACUGAGGACCUGGAGCGGGGUAGCUGCAAACAGGACUCUCCUGUUAUAGAACGCAGGAACCGCAGUGGCAUCAUCAGUGCCCCUUUAAACAGGAGCCUUAAGAACUCCCGCACCCUUUCGCAGUACACGGCGGUCUCCUCCGCCACCACCAAUGGACACAAAGACAACCGUGAGACAAAGAGCCACACGGCCAAGCCUCAAGCACCUCCACCACCCCAGCCCACCGUCUCGGCACUGGCAGCGGCCAAGUUGGACCGGACCCUGGAACAGGUUCUGGAGGGACAGAAUGGCUUGCUGCACUUUGCCCAGGCAGCCGCGUUAUUAAAGCGGGCCGGUAUGGAGCACAUGCUUCUGCCUGGGGGCAUGGGAGUGGGAGUUGGCGGAGGAGACGCGGGCUCGGGGGCUAGCGAUUUGGAGGGUACGUCUGUCACGGACGCCGUAGGUGGUCCUGUUGACUUCCCAUAUGGAGUAGGGGGCGGCUUCCCCUUCAACCCGGGCCUUUUCAUCAUGACGCCGGCUGGAGUGUUUCUCGCGGACAGCGCGCUGCACAUGGCCGGCCUGACCGAGUACCCGGCGCAGAACGAGCUGGCCUCCGCUAUCAACUCCGGGAAAAAGAAGCGAAAACGUUGUGGCAUGUGCCCACCUUGCCGGCGGCGGAUUAACUGUGAGCAGUGUAGCAGCUGCCGGAAUCGCAAGACGGGCCAUCAGAUCUGCAAGUUUCGAAAAUGUGAGGAACUGAAGAAGAAGCCCUCUGCUGCUUUGGAGAAGGUGAUGCUUCCUACAGGAGCGGCGUUCCGGUGGUUCCAGUAGGACUUCUCCUCCACUCCCGUACCCAAAGCUCUGCCAUCAAGUGCAAUGCCAACUCUUGGAUUGUCUCCGCAAAACAGACACUGGCUAAUAAAUACACGACAAAAAGGAAAAAAAAUACUUAAACGGUAAAAACAAACAAAAACAAAGCAGAAAAACCGGCUAAUGGAUGCGCCGACUUAUUCCUUGAACCAAAAAUGAAGCGUGAAGAAAAGCAUCUACGGAAACUUUAAUUCCCUUUUCUAUGUUUCCAUUUUGGUACCUUUUGUCCUUUUUCCAGCAGCUUUUUUUCCAUGUCGCCUGAACACUGAACUGUUUAUUGCCAGAAGCAGAAAUGAUGGGCCCCAGUGUGGACAAUCAACUAAUUUCUGUGUUUGGUGUUAAUGUUGUUCAUGUGUGGAAAGAUACAGUACUUGUGUAGAGAAUGUACUUUUACAGCUACAUAUUUUAAAACUAGUGGCUAAUGGCAAACAUUCUUGUAAUUCUUUACCAUUAUGUUACUGAAACAAUGGUUAAACGAUUUGACCAUUGACAAACAACAAAAUGGUUAAGCGACAGAUUUUCACAUUCGGAUGCUGUAAAAUUUCAUAUCCAAACCGGAAACAGAAGCGGAGACUCCGCCGUAACGUCGUCCGUCAUCAUCAGCCCUCGUCUGCAUUUCCAAACUACGUUGGCCCCUACUGAGCAUGCCCCAUAGCAUGCUAUCCGGCCGAUAGCACUAAGAGACAGCACUUGCUCUGAGUCUACCCUACUGAACGCACUGAAACAAGUUUUUUUUUUUGUUUUUUUUUUUGUAUUUGUUUAUUUGUUCUAUUUUCAUGAUUUUUGUUACGUUGCCGGGUAGCUGCAGCUCUUAAGAAUAACCAAUCUUUGUAUUUGUUUAGAAAAUUGGACUGGUUUUUGUGAAUAAAGAGGAAUGCAUGUAUUCAUGUCGAAUGUA